CCUUUUUAUUAUCAUGAAGGUUUUUGACUAUAAUACUUAUGACUUUAUUGUCAGCAUUGAUUUCGGCACGACCUAUUCUGGCUGCUGCUACAUAGAUACGAGUGGUAAAACUAUGAAGGCAGCAAUUGAAAAUGACCAAUACGAUGUUAUUAUUGAUGGUGUUCGAAAUAUUGAUACUUGGGAGUCAGCGGACAAGAAUAAAGUCAAAGUACCCACGGUCGCUGUUUAUUCAAGAAGGAACAAAACUUUAAUCGAGUGGGGUUUUGAAGCUUAUAGAACGUGGAAAGGUAUCUCAGCAGGUUUUACAGACGACGAAACACAAACAAGAAAGGAAGAAGAUAUAAAAGGCCAAAAAAGCAUUAUUCUACAGAAAUUUAAACUGAAUAUUGCUGCCAGUAGAACCAAUAAUAACGAAGAAGAUAAUCACGACGAUGAUUAUCUCAGUGUUAUGGCUACCAUUGACUACCUAAGAAACAUGAACGAUACAGCAUUUAAUAUGAUUGUUAAAAACUUUUUUACCGACGUCGAUAAAUCUAAAAUACGAUAUGUCUUGACAGUACCAGCUCAAUGGACGGACGACGAAAGAGUCGCCAUGCGAAUGAUGGCUACUGACGCUGGUAUUAUUACAAAAACUGAUCACGAGAAUAAAUUAAUUAUCAUCAAUGAGUCUUUUGCUGCCACAUUGUUCUGUGAAAAGGAAUUGGCCUCGAAAUGUUUUGCAUUCGAAGAAGGUGCAAAAUAUUUAAUUUGUGAUGCUGGCGGAGGCACUGUAGAUUUGGCCACAUAUGAAUCUACUAUUAUUUCGAGCAAGGAUAAAAACUCUAUUGGUCGAUGCCAGCUAACCACAGAUAGUGGCGAUAAAUGUGGAUCUGGAUUUGUUGAUGACCAUAUGGAAAAUCUUUUGUUGGAUCUGCUCUUUCAUGGCUGUAACCAAAUCGAUAAGGCUCGUAAUAAAAUAUGGCUGGCAUCGUUAAUGGCACAUUUUAUUGAAAAUUUAAAGCCUGAAUUCGAUGACGACGAACUAGAAACUGUAUUUGAUUUGGAUUUGGUAGGUUUACAUAACAGCGAUUAUCAAUUAAAACCAUGUGAUGAAGGAAAUGAGGAAUAUGAAAUCAGGGAGGAUGACGAAUGCAAUUACUCGGAACUAGUGAUACCCAAUAUCAUCAUGUGUAAAUAUGUAUUCGAUCCAGUUGUAAACGCAACCUUAAGAUUAAUCGACAACCAAAUCCAAAAGGCUAACUCUUCGGAAAUACAAGCUAUCUUUUUACUGGGUGGAUUUGGUGAAUCGAGAUAUCUUUUAAAAAGGGCCAAUAUAUGUUUUCAGGACAAGGUCAAGGAGAUUAUAUCAUGUGAAAAUGGCGACAGAGCUGCAAUGCGAGGUGCUAUUUAUUUUGGUAUUGAUGGUAUUCAACGAUCCCAUCAUGAUAAAAGUAUUAUUUCUCGUAAUUUUAAAGACAAGAAAUUCGAUCCCGAAUCAUUUGAUGUCCUAAUUUGUAUCGACAUCGGAUACGAAUUCUCAACGUGUGGCUAUUUUGUAAAUAUGGGUAAUAAGCAGACGUAUUUAGAUUUAGAUUUAAUUCGAGUUGAAGAAGAAUCUUUACCUGGCAGAUGUCAUGAAAAGCCUUACAAAAUACCAACCGUUCUUGAAUAUUCUAAGCAUGGUGCAGUGAAAUGGGGUGCUCAAGUGGAUCCUCAUAGUUGUGAUCGUAUAUCACUUAGUCACUUAAUGUCUACAAGCAAAGACGACUUCGAAAAGUUUAUAGUGGAUUAUUUAGAACGAAUCCAUGAAUAUGCUUGCCGUGUUAUACAGAAGAGGUACACUUUAUUCAGUCGCGGUCAAUUUCGAUAUUGCUUGACGAUGGAAAACUGCUUCAAUUUUUUCACAAAUAAGGCCAAGAUGGCGGAGUUUGCGGUAGCUGCUAAAGUCUUGAGGGUAGAAGGAGACGAGCCAAUCAUGAACAAAAGGCUGUUACUAAUUAAUCGAGAGGAUGCUUCGGCUAUGUUUUAUGAAAAAAUGUAUUACACGGAAAACAACAGUUAUUUUUGGACAAUUAAGAUUGACAUGGAGGAAAAUAUUUGCUUAUUGUCGUGUCAUGAAAUUAGAAAUGCCGACGCCAGCGUACUUGAUUUCGUGCCUACAGAAGAAAAUUUAUACGAUUCCAAGAGGUCCGGAAUUAUAGAUUCGGGGGAGCUUCAGUUUGACUUUAGCGAGAAAUUGGUAUCUACACUAAAGUACUUUAAGCUCGGAAACAAUUCCUCAAUGCAUUAUGGAAAUUAUGGUAAAAAUUCAUGUAAUCAAAGUUUAAAAGAAGCGUUCAAAAAUUUGAUUGAGGAAGAAGAAAUUAUGGAGAGAGAAGGUAAUACUUUAAUUACCUUCACAAAUGGGUGUUGUGAAUACACAUGUACCAAAGAGCAGGUUGUCGAUUAUAUUGUUCAGCCAACUAUCCUUGAUUUUGUUGAUCAAACUUGUAAAUUUGUUGUUAAUCGAGAACGAAUUCCUCAAAAAAUUACUAUCGAUAAUAUAUAUAUUGUCAGAAGACAAGAAGAAACAACAGAAUUCAAACACCGGAUUGUUAAUUCUUUAGCCGACUGUUUAAAGGAGCAGCUAGGUAAAAUCUUUGGAAAGCAAUGCCGUAUUCAAGCUUUAUCUUCGUUGAAUGAUUCACAAGCGCCCCAGACGGAAACCGGCUACCGUCCCGUCGUUCGCGUGCGUGAAAAUGUAGACAAGGAAUACAUCUAUCACUUUUUACAGAUUAUUGUCCAAAGAAAUUGCUUUCAUUUAAAUCUGCAUGAAACUACAUCUAUUAGUGGUGACAACGAGCGAACAUAUCAAAACGUUCGUAAAUUGAGAUCAUCCACAUUUGAGUUUGAUUUUAAUUCUGCUCUCAUAAAACAAGUGUACGAUUAUAUCCGUCAAAAGCCAAGGAACUAUUUUUGCCAGAAAAAAGCAUCCCACAGAAGACGCACACAAAAGUACGAUAACGCUCUAACAAAAGGUUUACUAUAUUUUAUAAAGAAUAACUUGACACUGGAGAAAAAUAAGGCUACCGAACCCAUUUAUAUUGAUGACUGCUGCACAAUCCAAAUAGAGCCUCACGACUGCCUGGUUAGCAUCUUAAAACCUGCACUUAUAGAGCUUUUAGAAACCACUAUCAUGCAUAUGAUUCAAUCCGGUAUCACACGAGAUUAUACAGGUUUUCACAAUUUAUUUUUCUUUGGAACACUAGUUGAGGCCACUGACGAUGGUAAUAAUUUUAUCAAAACGUUCAUCAAGGGAUGGAUGUACGAUUCCUUGCCGGGGAUGUUAAAAACCAAGGAUAAUAUCUUGUUUACCAUAUGCGAUAAUAACGAGGUGAUAAAUGGCGCAGCCAUGUAUGGGCUUGAUACUACACUUUACAUGGAAAGAAUCUCUCGAAGAACAUACGCCAUUAGUGUUCAAGCACAUCCAUUUUUAAUUGACUCUCAAACAGCAAUGCCGUUAGCCAAUACAAAAGAAAACACAUCAGUUCAUUUUCAAUCUCAAAAGGAGUCUUCAGAAACCAACAAGAUUGAUCCAACAACCAAAAUAAAGUUAAUCAAGCAGAAUGAUAAAAUAACAAUGGAUAUGCAAUCUAUCGGCAAAUUUGAACGCUUCUUUGUCGAUCAAGAUUGUAUAGUAUAUGCCACAAUCUUUGCUAAAGAAGACAGCUAUGAAGAGGUUGAAGACAGCGGCAAAGACUUAAAUGAAGGUAUUGAAGAGGAAGAGGAAGUAGAUGCCGGAGGAGAAUUUGAAGAGGAAGAAGUGGAAGAAGUUGACGAAGAUAAAGAUGAAGAUAAAAUCGGUAUUGAGGAGGGGAGCAGCAAUAAAAAUGAUUACAAAAAAAUCCACCAAUUUGAAAUCUGCUUAAAACGACAGCAUGGUGAUAUAAAUAACACCAGUAUUAGAUCCCGUUUAAGCUUUGAAAUUCGGUUAAUGUUUCCCAGCAAGAACGAAGCUAAAUUUGAAGUCAAUAUUGGACAGUCCAAGGAGAGCAAUAUCCCAAAGUUCGAAUUUAGGGAUGAAAUUUUAGUUACUAAUAUCUAUUGAGUAAAGAUCAAAAUAAAUUAUUUGAGCAUAAACACAUAAAAUACGAUUCCUAUCUAUGAUUUGAAAUAAAAAAACCGCCCCUGGCAAGCAGUGUCCGGCCCGGAUUGGCAAGAAAAUGUAGGACUGCCAAGCUGCCAUAUUUAAACUCUUUAAAUAUGUGGCAAUUUCAAGAUCCUUCCUUCAGCUGCAACACCUUUUGUAUAUCCAUUUGAAAUGAAAGACAUCUACAAGCAAGACGAACUCGCCAUCCCCGAAGGUGUCAAGGUCGAGAUUAAGUCUCGUCAAAUCACUGUUGAAGGCCCCCGUGGUGUCCUUAACAAGAACCUCCGUCAUUUGAACAUCGAGAU